AUGGCAUCUCUCGAAUCAUCAAAUGCUACCAAUAGCUGGAUAAGUGUGAUAGAUAAUAACAAAACAAUAACGUCACCAAUUUAUACUGGAAACGAAACUUUUUCGGAGCGAAACUUGUUGGUACCAAUGGUUUUUAUAGGAUGUUUAUCGGUUAUAGGCGUCCCUGGAAAUGCACUGAUACUGGUGGUAUUCAAUUUAAAACACAAACCAAGUGUUCAUAGAACUAUCAUAUUAACAUUAGCUACAUAUGAUUUCCUUUUGUGUGGAAUUACUCUUCCGUUUGAAAUCUACGACAUGAACAACCAGUUCACAUUUCAUUCAAGAUUUAGAUCAAAAAGUCAGCUGAAAAAUCAAACAAGUGUCAUCAGGAUUAUAUCUAUUGAGGGUAAUACAACCUGUAACAGAUCCAAGACUGAAUAUAAUCAUAAAAGAUGCAAAAUAUCAAAUUACAAUAAAGCAGCUUCCAAUGCAGGGGACAGAACAAGCUAUAAAAGUACUCUUAUCGCAGUCAUUGUAAGUGUAUUUUUCAUAAUAAGCUACGUACCAACAUUGACAGAAAAUGUUCUAGAAGCAAUAUACGGGGAAGAAUAUAUCGGAAUGUUCAUUUCAUUACCCGUCCGAAAUAUUAUUGAGAAAACCUUUGCAAUCAAUCAUGUGGUGAAUCCUUUUAUUUAUGGAUUUCUAGAUACAAAAUUUAGAACAGAUUGCAGAGAAAUUUUACACGGCUGUUAA